AUGAUGCUAAUGUUCUUAGCCGAUCACCUUCAUCUUUCUCAACCUUUUAUGAUGAUGCCACCGUCUGCUCCGCCUCUUUUGUCACUCGACAGUCUAUUAGCUUACACGAACCAUGUCAAUAUAAUUCUUGAUAUUGAAAGCGGAGUAGCACCGAACGAAGAUGAUCAGCCGGCGACUGUAGUGGCAGCUGCACCCACCAAGCCACGGCUGACGGGUCAGGCGGUGGAAGAAGCAUUCCCGACGUUUGCUUAUGGAGAAAACGAGAAUUGCUAUGAGUGUGCUAUAUGUUUAGAGGAAUUGAAAGACGGAGACAAGUGCAGGAUGUUUCUUCCUUCUUGUAAUCACACUUUCCAUAAAGCUUGCGUUGAUCUCUGGCUUUCUGAGGAUAAUACAUGCCCACUUUGUCGUGUCGUUUUGCUCUCGUAG